AAAAGGCUUAAUGUCAACAGUUGUACAACAGAUUUUUAUUGUCUAAUUUGCCUUAUAAAGUUGAAAAUGACUAGAAUUAUUUACUGGCUGCUGAUUUUUGUCUUCAUUAAAUCUGGAACAUGUGUAUACAGAUAUUAUAUGGACACAAUGUGUGGACAUACUUUCAACUUUACGACACUGUCACAUGAAAUGAUGCGUUUGAAACUGACGCAAAGUGCAACGUACAGAGCUAACAUGAAUUGCGUACUAACACUUACUGCAGGGCUGGCCCAACAUUUUACAGUUACAGUUGAAAGUAUGGUCACGCAUGAUUGUCGAGACAAUCUAAAAAUCAUGGAUGGAGAUUUGACUUCGGCUUUAAUUCCAGGUGCAUUGCUAUGUAAUGGAGCUGUGGCAGGAACCAUUUUCAGAUCAUUUGGCAGUAAACUGUCCCUUAAAUUUGUUAGUGUCUACAGCAUCAAUUCAUUUGCUGGCUUUAGCUUACACAUCGAGGCUUUUUUAGGAGAACCAGAUGCUACAGGCUAUAUGGAGUACUCUUGUGGACAAACAAUUGACUUCGACACUCUAAACCUGAAUUCCUUUCAUUUACGCCUGACACCCAAUGCAGCGAAUAACCAUAGUCUGAACUGUUCCUUGCUCUUCACUACAAAGCCUUCAGACAACUUUGACAUCCAUGUCACAAAUACUGACAUUGAAAACUGUACUCACUGUUCUUGUGACUGGUUAGACAUACGAGAUGGAAACUCCAGAUUGUCUCCUUACGUAGCUGGUAUUGACGGCAAAGUAUGUGGAAAUCGGUCAGAUCUGACCUCAGUUUAUAGGACGAAUGGGAACUCUUUGUACUUGCUGUUUAUCAGUGACCCCGAUGGUGGAAGGACUGGUUUUGAUAUUACUAUAAUAAGCAAUGCCACCGGUGCAAAUGUAUUAGAAUCUACGACGUCUACUGUUAUUCCAACAACGAAACCGUACGUUGCUACAAGCGCCGCACCUUUGCAUAAGGUACAAGAGACAAUAUCGGUAAACUGCAAUGAAAAUACUUGGAUAAUCGGAGUCAAUAUGGACCGACUGAGGAAAAUCUACCCGGAUGCCAAAGCCUCUGACAUAUACCUUGGAGAGAAUCGCUGUACGGGGAUCGAACUUGCCGGAGUGCUGCUAUUCCAGCAGAGUCUUGAAGAGUGUCUUUCAGGGAGUAGCUCACACAACGGAGUGAACACGUUCACCAAUGAACUAAUUUAUGCAGAACAUGAUCCGCAACAUUCGUUCAUUAUCCGCCAUUACAAGUGGACAAUUGGCGUACAAUGCGACUUGCUGCCCAACCGCACUGUCUCGGGUUCAUUCUAUAACCAGUUGACAACGCCACAGAGCAUCUCAACCUCGCAACAUCAAGUAAACGUCUCUUUCUUUCUGGAUCCAAACUUUACGAAGGCAAUAUCAGGCAACCCCCUCAGGGCCGCAACAGGAACGAAUAUCUAUGUAAAAGUUUUCACAACUACUGCCAACUGGAAUACUGUAAUGAAAGUCCAGUCUUGUUACACGAUGCCAUCACCAAAUGCAACAGCAGAUAUGAAAUUCAGCCUAAUCAAGAAUGGAUGUGAGAUGGACACAAAUACACACAUCAUCUCCCAGUCAACACAUGAAACCCGUUUUGUGUUCGAGGAUUUUGAGUACGCAAAUAGUCAUGACGGUUUAUACUUAUACUGUGACGCAAUGUUUUGCGCCUCGUCUGAUUGGUCGACCAGUUGUCGUCAGACAUGCGCACCCGUCGUCAGAAGAAGUAUCAAGUGGGAAGGAACGGACUCUUAAAUUCAAUUGUCAAAAAUGAACUGCAGAAUAAAAUCUGAGUUA